AUGUCAGGCUACGAUUAUUACAAAACGCCUCUGGACUCCCGCUACUCUAGCGAGGAAAUGAAGAAGCUGUUCAGCCAGAGGAGUAGGCACAGCACUUGGCGACAGCUUUGGUUAUGGCUUGCCGAAGCUGAAAAGGAACUUGGUCUCGAGUCCAUCACGGACGAAGCUCUCGAGCAGAUGCGAGCCCACCUUACUGUAACAGAUGAUGACUUUAAGAUUGCCAUAGAGGAGGAACAUCGUCGUCGACAUGACGUUAUGGGUCACGUCCAUGCGUAUGGCGUUGUAGCGCCGGCGGCAGCUGGCAUUAUCCACGCUGGGGCUACUUCGUGUUUUGUUACUGAUAACACUGAAUUGAUCCUUAUGCGAGACGCGAUAGACCUUCUUUUGCCUAAGCUCGCCAAGGUCAUUAGGGCCCAAAUGAUUACGGUUGGCAAGCGAGCUGCAGAAUGGAUUCAAGAACUAGUCAUGGACCUUGAAGAUAUUGAGCAUGUCCGCCAGGAACUUCGAUUCCGUGGAGGACAGGGAACGACGGGCACCCAGGCGUCCUUCCUUGAGCUCUUCCAGGGCGACGAAGCCAAGGUAGACCAGCUAAAUGUGCUCCUAUGCGAAAAGGCUGGUUUUCCUGGUUGUUACCCUAUAUCUACGCAAACAUAUACGAGAAAAGUCGACCUCCGCAUUUCUAAUGCCAUUGCGGGUCUGGGCGCUACUGCGCAACGUAUCACAUCUGAUAUCCGUCAUCUUGCCAAUCUGAAGGAAUUGGAAGAGCCAUUCGAGAAAGACCAGAUCGGAAGCUCUGCCAUGGCAUACAAGAGGAACCCUAUGCGGUCUGAGCGUAUUUGCUCGCUUGGCCGCAAGCUUGCAAGUCUUCCGGUUAACUUCUCUAAUACCUUUUCGGCACAGUGGCUCGAAAGAUCCUUAGAUGAUAGCGCCAUUCGUCGCAUAGACAUCCCCGAGAUGUUUUUAUUAGCUGAUGCCAUACUGAUCGGCCUCGACAACGUGACCAACGGCUUGGUUGUUUACCCUAAGCGAAUAGAUUCGCGUAACAAGCAGGAGCUUCCUUUCAUGAUCACCGAGGCUAUCUUGAUGAAGAUUGUUGCCAAGGGUGGUUCCCGACAAGAAGCACACGAGAAAGGCGGUGACAAUGACCUUAUCGAGCGUAUUAAGAAGGACGAGUACUUCAAAGACAUCUGGGACGAGAUCGAUGCUAUGCUGGACCCUAAGCUUUACACUGGCCGCAGCACCACAAUUGUUGAUAGGUACUGUGGUAAAGGCGGAGAGGUAGAGAAGAAGCUGGAGCCUUACCGGGAAUAUAUUUCAAAGGCUGAGACCGCGCAGCUCAACCUCUAA